AUGAAUGGUGGCUCCGUGUUCGAAACACUCCACCAACAAUUCGGCGCUCCGCAUUAUUCGGAAUCCGGCGAUCGCAAAUUCGCGCCCAACGUCUUCGUGUUCGUCUCCGACAAUUUUGGAACGUAUUCGCCUGAUGUCUGGAACGCCUUCACCACUCAAAUCGCGUCCUUCUAUGGCUGCAGCGAUGCGAUGGGAAACCCGCAAAUCUAUUUCCUCUCAAGGUCCGACCGAAUCGUCAACAUUCCGAUCGGCUCAACCAUCACACUGUCCGCAGAUGAUCUCAAUCUCGAUCCCAACGACGGCGAUUCGCUCGUCAGCAGUUUCACGAAAUUCAACGGAUUCGUCGACACGAUAUGUGGAAUUAGUCCGCCAGUUUGGAUCAACCAAAUAUGUUCAUAA